AUGUCGGCACCUGAAACAGAACGCAAUGCCUCAAACACGCCCGAGUUCACGCGAUGGCGACCCUCUUUCCACCUGAUUGCUCCCCACAACUGGCUCAACGACCCGUGCGGGCCUGGCUACGACCCCUCAACAAACAAGUACCACGUCGCAUACCAAUGGAACCCAACGGGUAACGACUGGGGUGAUAUAUCCUGGGGCCGCGCAGCAUCUUCAGAUCUUGUCUCUUGGGAAGUAGACGCAGAACCGUGUCUAGCCCCCGCUGCGCCGUACGAUGACAAGGGGAUAUUCACCGGAUGCUUUCAGCCCAUGAACCUGCGCGGCGAAAAGGAUGGUACUUUGUUAUACUUCUAUACGUCGGUGAAUAAGCUCCCGAUCCAUUACACACUUCCCUACACGCCUGGUUGCGAGACGCUGAGUAUCGCGCUUUCGAACGAUCAAGGACGCACGUGGGAGCGGUAUGCGCAGAACCCGAUUCUCAACGGGCCACCGCUCACUACAGCGACGGCCUGGCGGGACCCGUAUGUAUUCGAGUGGCCGUCGGCGCCCGAGCGGGUGCGGCGGUUACUUGGUGAGGGGCACGAGAAUGAUGAUGUUCUCUACGCACUCAUCUGCGGUGGCAUACGGGACAUGACGCCGACCACCUUUCUGUAUGCGAUACAGCGGAAUGCGCUGGAUAAAUGGGUGUACCUUGGAGACUUGGUUGAUCUCGUGCUGAACUUCGUCCCCUCUCGCUGGUCCGGAGACUUUGGCGUCAACUGGGAAGUGACCAAUUUAGUGACACUGACCGACGACGACGGCGUUUCGCGCGACUUUCUCAUCAUGGGGACAGAGGGCUGCACGCCGCCUUCUUCUUUUCCCUCCUCGCCCGCCUCCUCUCAGCGCGCAUACGACAAUCAAGCCCCGGCGCGCGAUCGCCGAAUCCAGAGAUCGCAAUUGUGGAUGUGCAUAAAUGAGAACACGCGCUCAUCAUCUUCCUCGCCGAUGCAAUAUGCCUACGGCGGGAUCUUCGACAACGGCCUCUUCUAUGCGGCAAACUCAUUCUGGGAUCCUGUUGCCGAGCAGCAGGUUGUCUUUGGCUGGAUUACCGAAGAGGACUUGCCAGAUGAGGUGCGCGGGGAACAGGGAUGGAGUGGAUUGAUUUCGUUGCCGAGGGUGCCCAAAUUACAGACCAUCAAGAGAGUGAAGCGUGCGCGGAUGACGGCCAAUUUGAGUGAUAUUACCUCUAUUGAGGCUGUUGCGGAUGGUUCGGGGACGCAUACAGUUCGCACACUGGGGGUGGCGCUGGAUAAGCGAGUGGAGAAAUUGCGAACGGGGGCCAGAGAGACGAGGAUUGGGGAUGUGGUCCUAGGACCGGAGGCUAAACAUUCGGACGAAGCAUUCAUGCCUCUCGACACGACGAAGUGGGAAGUCGACGCUGAGAUUGCUGUUGGCAAGGAUUGCAAGCGCGUUGGCGUGAUCAUAUACCAUGCCGAGAAUCGAAACCAGAAAACCGUCGUCUUCUGGGACCCUGUCUGCGAAACAUUCCAAGUCGACCGACCAGACCUCAGCAACACAGCCCUCGGCAGCCGGAACAUUAACCACGCACCCGAAAUCACUCCUCACACUCUAUUCACGACCGUCAGCGCAGCGUCACAGCCCGAGAAGCCGACGACGCUGGCGAAGCUCUUCAGCCUCUUUUCAAAAGCCUCAGAAAGGGAGACGGAAGAACCCCUCCAUAUCCGCGCCCUGUUUGACACAAGUGUCCUUGAGAUCUUCGUCAACGAGCGGUCGGCGCUUACGACACGGAUAUACCAGGCUGCUGAUGAGGAUGGUGGAACUCCUGCUUGUGUUGGGUUGCAGUUCUUUGCGGACGAGGUAGAUAGUACUAGUGAUACUGCGUCGUCGAGGCUUCUUCGUGCUACGGUCUGGGACGGGCUGGCUUGUCCUUGA